AUGGCGCCUCCAUCAAUCUUUGCCGAGGUUCCUCAGGCCCAGCCGGUCCUUGUCUUUAAGCUAACUGCUGACUUCCGGGAGGAUCCGGACCCCCGCAAGGUCAACCUAGGAGUGGGAGCUUAUCGCACUGAUGAUAGCCAGCCCUGGGUUUUGCCAGUUGUGAGGAAGGUGGAGCAGAGGAUUGCUAACGACAGCAGCAUAAACCAUGAGUAUCUGCCCAUCCUGGGCCUGGCAGAGUUCCGAACCUGUGCUUCCCGCCUGGCCCUUGGGGAUGACAGCCCAGCUCUGCAAGAGAAGCGGGUAGGAGGUGUGCAGUGCUUGGGGGGAACAGGUGCACUUCGAAUCGGAGCUGAGUUCUUAGCGCGCUGGUACAAUGGAACAAACAACAAGGACACGCCCGUCUAUGUAUCCUCACCAACCUGGGAGAACCAUAAUGGUGUCUUUAUUGCUGCUGGAUUUAAAGACAUUCGGUCCUAUCACUAUUGGGAUGCAGCGAAGAGAGGACUAGACCUCCAGGGUUUCCUGAAUGAUUUGGAGAAAGCUCCCGAGUUCUCCAUCUUUGUCCUCCAUGCCUGUGCGCACAACCCAACUGGGACUGACCCGACUCCGGAGCAGUGGAAGCAGAUCGCCUCCGUCAUGAAGCGCCGGUUUCUGUUCCCCUUCUUUGACUCGGCCUAUCAGGGCUUCGCAUCUGGCAGCCUGGAGAAAGACGCCUGGGCUGUUCGCUAUUUUGUGUCUGAAGGGUUCGAGCUCUUCUGUGCCCAGUCCUUCUCCAAGAACUUCGGGCUCUACAAUGAGCGCGUGGGGAAUCUGACGGUGGUUGCCAAAGAACCAGAUAGCAUCCUGCGGGUCCUUUCCCAGAUGGAGAAGAUCGUGCGAAUCACAUGGUCCAAUCCCCCGGCUCAAGGAGCACGGAUUGUGGCACGUACCCUGUCUGAUCCUGAGCUCUUUAAUGAAUGGACAGGUAACGUGAAGACAAUGGCAGACCGCAUUCUGACCAUGAGAUCUGAGCUCAGGGCGCGAUUAGAAGCCCUCAAGACCCCAGGAACCUGGAACCACAUCACAGAGCAGAUUGGAAUGUUCAGUUUCACCGGGUUGAACCCUAAGCAGGUUGAGUAUCUGAUCAAUGAAAAGCACAUCUAUCUGCUGCCGAGUGGUCGGAUCAACAUGUGUGGCUUAACCACCAAAAAUCUAGAGUAUGUGGCCACCUCCAUCCAUGAAGCAGUCACCAAAAUCCAGUGA